AACAGCGGCGGCGAAAUGCCGGAGCUACCGGAGGUGGAGGCGGCUCGGAGGGCCGUAGAGGAACACUGCGUAGGGAAGAAGAUAACGAAAGCACUCAUCGCCGACGACUCCAAAGUCAUCGAUGGAGUCUCACGCGCCGACUUCGAGGCCUCUCUCUUGGGAAAGACCAUCGUCUCCGCCCACCGCAAGGGCAAGAACAUGUGGCUCUGCCUCGACUCUCCUCCCUUUCCUUCCUUCCAAUUCGGAAUGGCGGGUGCUGUAUAUAUUAAAGGGGUCGCCGUCACGAAAUAUAAGAGGUCUGCUGUAAAGGACACUGAUGAGUGGCCUUCCAAGUAUUCCAAGUUCUUUGUUGAAUUGGAUGAUGGUCUGGAGUUCUCUUUCACUGACAAGAGGCGAUUUGCUAGAGUCCGCUUGCUGAAAGAUCCAACUUCUGUGCCCCCCAUAUCUGAGCUUGGGCCCGAUGCUCUCUUGGAGCCUAUGACAGUGGAUGAACUUUUUGAAUGCUUCAGCAAGAAGAAAAUUGCAAUUAAGACCCUGUUGCUUGAUCAGAGUGUUAUUUCAGGAAUUGGCAAUUGGGUUGCUGAUGAAGUACUCUACCAAGCAAGAAUUCAUCCGGAGCAAGGUGCUGCGAGCCUGUCGAAAGAAAAUUGUGCAGCUUUACACAAGAGCAUCAAAGAGGUUAUUGAAUAUGCGGUUCGAGUUGAUGCUGAGUCUAUCCACUUUCCCUGUGAAUGGUUGUUUCAUUUUCGGUGGGGCAAAAAGCCCGGAAAAGUCCUUGAAAAAUCCCUGGAAGUUGGAGCAGAUAGUAGUCAAUUUCCUAGUGAUUGGAUUUUUCAUUCCCGUGAAAAGAAGCCUGGAAAGGCUUUUGUUGAUGGGAAGAAAAUUGAGUUUAUCACAGUUGGUAGCAGGACUUCAGCAUUUGUACCAGAGCUUCAGAAGUUAAGUGGACCGCAAGCUUCCAAAGCAGCAACUAAACAAGCUAACAAGAAAAAAGGGCGUGGUGAUGUUGUUAAUGAUGAUGUUGAUGAAGCAGCAAGUGAUGAAGAAGCCAAUGAAAAUGAAAAAUCGAAGAAGGGGAGGAAGCCUAAAGGUCAAGGUAAGAGGGCGUCAGCGAAAAGAAAAUCAAAAGAGAGUGAUGAUGAAGACAAGGACAGUGAUGAUGAUGCUGACGACAAUGAUGACCAUCAGGAUGAAGAUCAAAAGAAGAAAUCAAGAAAAGGUGUCAAUAGUAAGCAAUCCAAGGCAGAGAAGACAUCAAAGGCAAAGGUGCAGACCAGUCAAAGUGGUAAGAAGCUGAAGAAAGGAAAAUAGGUAGCUACUGAGCGGAGAUGCGCAGACCAGUCGUUUUUGGAAGAACGAAAUGAUGGGCGUACGUGUGCAUUCAGUUUCUAUUUUCGCAACUCUAGUUAGUAGUAGUCAAUUUGUCACGAAACUGGUCGAUGCUAAUUAUGUGGCUAUAUUACUGACUUCCGUUAUGUAUUGUAUGCUCAACUGUAGUUUUAAAUAUACAUUCCCGGCUUUCCUUGCA